AUGGCCCUUUACGGCACGUCCGAUGCGCUAAUGUGCCGUACGUUCCCGACCACCUUCAGAGGACCAGCACGCGCAUGGUUCAGCCGGCUGCGCCAAUCCUCAAUCGCAUCUUUUGACCAGUUCGCCAAGGAGUUCGAACAAAACUUCCUCACCAGCGCGCGGCCUCGGCCUUCCAUAACCGCCCUGCUGGCACUGUCGCAGCACGAAGAGGAAACGCUCGCACAGUUUGUGACACGCUUCGCCGCGGAGAUCCGCGGGUAUUCAGACACUCACCCCUUUUUGAUCAUGCAGGCGUUCCUGACGGGGCUGAAACCCUCGAGGUUCUUCUGGUCACUAAUUGAGAAGCCGCCCGCCACUGUCCCUGAGAUGCUCCACCGGGCCAACCAAUACGUCGCCGGCGAAGCGUUGGCAGCAGGAAGACGCAAGGUCGGGAAGAAGUCGCGGACCGAGCAACCCCGAGCCGCUGCCUCGUCGGUCGACCUCCAACCCCGUCGGAGGCUCGACCAUCCCGAGCAGCGGCUCCCGAGGCCUCCGCCCCUCCCACUCAACACGCCUCGUACCGAGAUCUUCCUCCAGAUCAGGGAGAAAGGUCUUUUGCGGCCCCCCAAUCCCAUGAGAGCUACUUACAAAAAUCGGUCGAAAUACUGCAGGUUCCACCGAGACCAUGGCCAUGACACAGAAGACUGCCACGACCUCCAGAACCAGAUUGAGGAGCUGAUCAGAAGAGGGUACCUCGGCCAUUAUCUCAAGGAACCCCGGGAAGCAACCCCGCGUCCCCGGAUGCCCGUGGAAAGGCAGGUUGACGUCAUCAUCGGGGGACCGGCGGCAGGCGGCAGCAGCUCAAGCGCAAGGAAAUCCUAUGCCAGGAGCUCGGUCGAGAAACGCCCCCGACCCGAGCUAGAACCCGAAAUCUCUUUUAGGGCCGAGGAGGGGGAAAGGUCCCAUCAUGACGACGCUCUGGUGAUAUCUAUCCAGAUCGCUAACGCUCGGGUAAAGCGAGUAAUGGUCGACACUGGGAGCUCCGCCGACGUUCUGUACCUCGACGCCUUCAAAAGGCUCGGCUUGCCCAACGAGGACCUCAUUCCCAUGAGCUCGGCACUCACGGGAUUCACCGGAGACUCAAUCUCCCUGCUCGGCACCACCACACUCCCUGUCACCAUUGGGGAGGAACCAAGGACCAAGACAAUAAUGACUACGUUCAUGGUGGUCAACCUACCCUCGGCCUACAGCGUCAUCCUCGGACGCCCAACGCUCAACAAGCUAAAAGCAGUGGUCUCAACCUACCACCGAGCCAUUAAGUUUCCCACCUCGGCGGGGGUCGGAGAGUCACGAAGCGACCCAGGCGAGUCGAGAAGGUGCUACCUCACCGCGGUCUCCCUCCCGAAGAGAGCAUGCCCCCAUGUCCCAGACCCUCGAGAAGAGGCUGCCACAUCAAGGCACCUUGAACCACCCGAGCAGCUUACCGAGGUACCAAUAAAGGGAGACUGGCCCGGUCAGACUGUGAAAAUCGACGCAGCCCAGCCCGAAGAAAACAGCUCCAGCUCGUCGAGUUCCUGA